UUAGAGUAGUGCUGCUCUUGGUGAAGUGUCAGACGAAACGAAAAGCGAAAGCCAAGAUGUUAACAAAAAGAUUUAUCUUCGUGUGCUUUUUCCUGGGCACCUUAUGCCAUUUUGCUGAGAGCUUGUAUUUCCAUAUUGGUGAAACUGAAAGAAAAUGUUUCAUUGAAGAAAUUCCAGAUGAAACUAUGGUAACAGGUAAUUACAAACUCCAACUGUAUGACCCCCGGACUGGUGGCUUCAUGCCUUCUUCUCCAGGGCUCGGCAUGCACGUGGAGAUCAGGGAUCCUGAUGACAAAAUUCUAAUGUCUAGGGUGUACAGCAGUGAGGGACGAUUCACCUUCACCUCACACACCCCAGGAGAACACAUCAUCUGCCUUUACUCCAACUCCACCAAGUGGUUCUCUGGAUCACAACUGCGUGUGCACUUUGAUAUCCAAGUGGGUGAACAUGCCGUUGACUAUGCCAACGUGGCCCAAAAAGAGAAGCUGACUGAACUACAACUACGAGUGCGACAACUGUUGGACCAAGUGGACCAGAUUUCCAAGGAACAGAACUAUCAGAGGUAUCGAGAAGAACGUUUCCGCCUGACUUCAGAAAGCACCAAUCAACGAGUUCUGUGGUGGUCUAUUGGGCAAGUGUGCAUCCUGCUGGGUAUGGGAUUUUGGCAAAUGCGUCAUUUGAAGAGCUUUUUCGAGGCCAAGAAGCUUGUCUAAUUGAACCAUAAAAAAUUGCACCUGGGAUUGAAUUUGACAUAGUGAAGGUGCUACCUUUUUGAGGAUUAUAGUAAAUUGAAAAAUAGACUUCAGAAGAUUAAUAUUAAAUUUUUAUUUGCUGAUCAUUUGGCAUUCAGAGGUUAAGAAAGGAAAAAGUCUUAAUUAGGAAGAAAAAAAAUAUAUAAUAUACGUAUAUAUAAUCUUCGACUAUCUUGUUCUGUAGAUGACUUCUUAAGAAGCCAAAAAGAGUAUGAUUCUUAAUUUUCAGGAAAACCAUGAAAAUUGAUUUGCUGAAUAUUGACUGCUACAGGCUUGGAAUUUCAUGGCAGUCAUGGUUGUUGCAGCCCUCUUCCUGGUCAUGUGUCUCACAAAAAGCACCUUCUUAAUGCUGUGCCCAUCAUGUCUUUAAGGCAUCGUGCCUUUGUUUUGAGUUUCAACGCCUGCUGUUGUAUGCUAUUUUGUCAAAAAAUAAAAAAAAUUAUUUUUUUCUCUCCUCAACUGCUAAAGCUUUGUAAUUUAGUUUUUGUGUAUAUAUUAUCUACAGUAGGGUUAAAAGCUAUUUUAAAAAACUGGGAUUUGAAAAUUAAUGUCAUUUGAACCAUUCUUAAUGUCUGUAAUAUAAAUAACAUGAAGUGAUUGGAGAUACUAAUCUCAGUGUAGAUGUUUUUAUUUACUGGCACUAGUAUUAAGUUUGGAGGCAUAUUGUAGAUGAUCCAAGAUUUUAUGUUAUGCUGUGGUGUAAAUAUCAUUGAUAUCUGUUAAUUUGUGUGUGUGCGUGCGUGCGUGACAACUUGAAGACAAAUAAAAUGGAUUUUUUUUUAA